GCUUCAGUGUCUCUGGCGCUCCGCGCGCUGACAGCCUGCUGCCGCCGCUGCUGCUGCUGGACGGCAACUAUGGAGGAGAAACACAAGGAUGAAAGCGCCAAAGACCCGCAGUCAUCGUCCUACCAGAGGAGAAUGUGGAGGAAUUUCCAAGAGAAGACCAAACCGUUUUUGAGCCCCAAACUGGGAUCCGAAAGACGCAGCGCGGAUGCUAAAAAAGAAAGCGGCUUGUGGAUGUUUAAAAGAAAGAAGAAACAGGUCCUGGACCGGGUCUUCUCGUCCUCGCAGCCCAAUCUGUGCUGCUCAACUCCUCCGGCUUUCGCAGGGACCAGAACUCUGUGCGAAGAGCCGGAUUCCGGCGCCGCUAAAGGGCUCGGGAUCUCACCGCUGGCCGUUACUGAUGGAGCGUCAGUCAGUAAACCGGAGAUUUCCGUAUCCGCGCAUGGGAGUCCGAAGCUACUGGUCUCCCAUCUGGCGAUGUCCCAGCAGAAGAGCUCGUCCUUGGGCUCGUCGUGCUUCGAGAAGCUGGUGGUGGACUCGGCAGCAUCCAGCGAGGACGAGCUUGCUAAAAACGCCAGUGACCUGGUAAGAGUGAAGUGAUUUUAAAACACAAGGUGAUCAGAAAGUGACCCGAGUGUGUGC